AUGAGGGAAGUGCUCUAUGUUCAGCCCGCCGUAAAGAAAGGGAAAACCGAGGUAAAAGACAUCAUGACCUUUUCGAGCAACGACUUGGAAAGAAUUCAAACCCCACAUAAUGACACUUUGGUAGUAACGUUUCGUGUCAAGGAUUUUGACAUCAGGCGAAUACUGAUCGACCAGGAGAGUUCGGUCGAGAUCAUGUACUAUGAUGCAUUCAAGCUGAUGAAGUUGAAAGACAAGGACUUGGCCCCAAUAACAUCUCCUUUGGUCGGAUUUAACUCUCAACCGGAAUGGUCGAUUAGGAAGAUCAUAUUGCCAGUCAAGGUUGGGUCAAUCACGAUGCAGGUGGAGUUUUGGGUGCUGAAGCUCCCGUCAACAUACAAUCUGAUCUUGGGGAGGGGUUGGUUACAUGCCAUGCAAGCAGUGGCUUCGACUUAUCAUUAG